AUGACCGAAUACUGUCUUGGUGCGCUCGAACACGUCGGCCACCACUCAGAAUCCAGAAGUCCCUGCUUAUCAGAGUAUAUGGAAGUGCGGCGGCGAGGUGUCGGUGUGACGCCCGUGAUUGCUUUGAUGGAAUACGCGCUUCAACUCGAGAUUCCAGAUCAUGUAUACCAGCAGGAGUGUUUCGGGAAACUCAAACAAGUUGUGAUUGAUGUGAUCUUGAUCCAGAACGAUAUCAUAUCCUACAAGAAAGAACAGGCUGACGGCGUCCCUCACAAUCUGAUCACAGUCCUUCGAAACGGUGGGAUGACCACCCAAGAAGCAUUCAACCACGCUGGAGAGAUGCUGAAUAAAUGCUACCAAGAGUGGUUGGAUGUGAAAGCAGAAUUCCCAGCAGGCGAAGAUUUAGCGAAGUUCGUUGAAGGCACGAGAACGAUCAUGCUAGCGAGCCUGCAUUGGCAUUUUCGUUCUGAUAGGUAUUUUGGUGAGAUGAAGGAUAUUGUACGGCAACACAAGAUCGUCUGUUUGGAACAGGAGUCUAGAAUGGUGGUACCAAGUGGAUUGAAGCUAGUUGUGUCGGCUUUUCAGGACUGGAUGAACACGUUCAAGAAGCAUGUUGAGGUACUUACUUCUUAUAUGCAAAGUGGGCAGGUGCCGAAGAGUUAG